CAGGAUUGGCUUGAUGCUAUUACAUCAUUUAAUCUGGUCGUCACACAGAGAUAAAAGCACUCUCACGUAUUCCGGGUACUUCCUGUGAGCCACACUCUUCUGCUUAUCGAUGGCAAGAUUCUUUUGAAGACUAAGAACUCAACAGGAUGCUAAUUACUAAACUAUCAGAGAUGCAUUUAUUAAUUUUACAAGCACUCAAAAACAUACCAACUGCAGCCUGAGGAUCUCCAUUUGGAAAUGGUGCCUGGUUCCAAAGUGAAGAAGAGGCUUUCUUACAAAAUAACCAUCCAAUCAAGAACCUGAGGCUUGAGAGGUCACUGGUAUCAAGGGCUACAGUGGUCAGUGGUCACUAGCCAGAAGAACGUGUCAAAGUCUGUCGUGGUGACAGCGAUUUGGGAUAGAGGGGAACUCCACCACAGAGUACACACCAUUCCCCAGAGAAGCAAAAUGGAUGAGAAGCCAACAACCAGGAAAGAUUCAGGUUUCUGCUCAUUGCGCUAUGGGCUGGCUCUCAUCAUGCACUUCUCCAACUUCACCAUGAUAACGCAACGUGUGAGUCUGAGCAUUGCCAUCAUUGCCAUGGUGAACAGUACACAGCAUCAGGACCCAGAUAACACAUCCACUGAGGGGCCUUUGACAGACCCCCUCAGUAACCAGAGCAGAAGCAUCAAGGACUUUGGCACACGGGCUGCUGUUUAUCAGUGGAGCACAGAGACUCAGGGCAUCAUCUUUAGCUCCAUCAGCUAUGGAAUCAUACUGACGCUAAUACCAAGUGGAUAUUUAGCAGGGAUAUUUGGAGCAAAACACAUACUUGGUGCUGGUUUGCUCAUCUCAUCCCUACUCACAUUGUUUACUCCAAUGGCUGCUGAAUUUGGAGUGAUUUUGGUCAUUGCCAUUCGAACAGUCCAGGGGAUGGCCCAGGGAAUGGCAUGGACCGGUCAGUUUACAAUUUGGGCAAAGUGGGCUCCUCCACUUGAACGGAGCAAGCUCACCAGCAUUGCUGGCUCAGGGGCUGCAUUUGGGUCCUUCAUCAUCCUCUGUGUAGGGGGAUUAAUCACACAAGCAUUGGGCUGGCCUUUUGUCUUCUAUAUCUUUGGUAGCAUUGGCUGUGUCUGCUGUGUCCUGUGGUUCACAGUGAUUUAUGAUGACCCCAUGAAUCACCCAUGCAUAAGUGGGAAGGAAAAGGAACAUAUCACAUCCUCACUGGCUCAGCAGUCUAGUUCUCCCAGAAGAUCCAUCCCCAUCAAGGCUAUGGUCAGAUGCCUGCCACUGUGGGCCAUUUUCAUGGGGUUUUUCAGUCAUUUCUGGCUAUGCACCAUAAUCAUUACAUACCUACCGACAUACAUCAGUACGGUGCUCCACGUUAACAUCAGAGAUAGUGGGGUUCUGUCCUCCCUGCCUUUUAUUGCUGCCUCAAGCUGUACAGUUUUAGGAGGUCAGAUGGCAGAUUUCCUUCUGUCCAGGAAUCUUCUCAGCUUAAUCACAGUUCGAAAACUCUUUUCAUCCCUGGGGCUCCUUCUUCCAUCGCUCUGUGCUGUGGCCCUGCCUUUUGUGACUUCCAGUUACAUAACAACCAUUGUUUUGCUGAUUCUCAUUCCUGGGACCAGCAAUUUGUGUGACUCCGGGUUCAUCAUCAAUACCCUAGAUGUUGCCCCCAGAUACGCAAGUUUCCUCAUGGGCAUCUCAAGGGGAUUUGGGCUUACUGCAGGAAUCAUCUCUUCCACUACCACCGGAUUCCUCAUCAGUCAGGAUUCUGAAUCAGGAUGGAGGAAUGUGUUUUUCUUGUCUGCUGCUGUCAACAUGUUUGGUCUGAUUUUUUACCUUAUAUUUGGACAAGCAGAAAUCCAGAACUGGGCCAAAGAAAGAACUCUCACCCGCUUCUGAGGAUAUAGAGUUGCAGACCCAAAUGAAGUUACUGCUGCCUGGGAGGGAGCCCCACACCUUUAGAAAGCCCUGUGGAUUUGGCUGGCGUCUUAACUGCUGAACGCUGCAUACUGGACUUUCUCUGCUGCCACCUGAUUUGUUUUCUUUGUGGGACUUGGCACUGAUUCUGACAGGACUGCUAACUCAGCAAUCCAAGGUCAUUGCCCUGUUGCUUCAUGGGUAGGAUGUCAUCAUGCUUACCAUCCUCCCUCUUCCUUUAGAUGUGGAUAUCAACAUUCCUCCUCUCAGGAAUUGUAGCUUUCUAUCUUCAUGUCUUGUCGAUGUACCUCUAACUCCUAUAUAUAGACUAGUUUCAUUUGUGGUUUUCCAUAUGCCCAGAAAAAUAUACAUACUCAAAUACUUUGUAAGCAUCGAACCAGAGGACCUUUCCUUUGGUCAUAAUGUAUAACCCUCAUCACCAAGCCAACACUUGUGGUGAUAUCUUUCUUGUACAAAUAAAGCUUGUCUGAAGAUCAGAGGAUGGAGGUUGCCACUAGCUAACCAUAGAGGUCAGGAGGUCUGUACAGACAAACAGGAAGUGAGAUGGUUGGGCAUAGAGAGGACAUAAUCAGGAAGAAACAGGAACUCACUCUCUUUUCUGCUGGGAAGGUAAUGAGGUAAAGGUAGCUUUGGCUUGCUCCUUCUUCUCUCUGAUCUUUCAACAUUUCCCUUUAUAUCCAACUCCGUGUUUUUAUUUUUUAGACCAAUUAAGAACUCCACUUACAAACACUCCUUAAUACAUCUUUGCAUCAUACUUGUUUUUCUACCUGGAAAACAGUUAAGUGCUGUUGAAAAUCCUUUGAAAUGUUCCCAGACAGAAUCACUCACCCAGUAUCAUAUUUUCACCUUUUAUCUUAAAACCCUGUACCUUUCUUUGUUCUACCUGAAUGUAAUCUCUCUGAAAGUAGUAGAAUAAGAGGAAAUAACCAAAAUGAGCAUACCAAAAGAAAUAAAAGUAGCAAUAGACCCAUCAGUGUUGCAUAAGGAGUGAAUAGAAGCUAGAUACUAAAGGCUGAAGCGACUGUCAGUGAACCACCACAUGCCAGUGGAAUGGCUCAGUGGGUAAAGCACUUGGUGCCCAAGCUUGAUGACCUGAGUUCUAUUCCCAUAACCCAUGUAAAGGUGGAAAAAGAGUACUGACUGCACAAAGUUACCCUCUGACCUACACAUGCAAACUGUGGCAUGUACAUGCCACACCCCACAUUAAUAAUAAAUAAAAAUUGCAAAAAUCUUAAUACAUGAAGUUAGACAGGAAGCAGAGCCGAGCUGUAAACCUCAAGGGCAGUCAUUCUCUCCACUCUUCUCUUCUUGCUACUGAACCUCACCUUCUGAAAGUCCUACAAUCUCCCAAAACAGUACCCUCAUCUGGGGACCAAGUUUUUCAAACACAUGAGGCUGUAUGUAAUGGUAUGAGAUGACAUGGGAUGAUGUUUCAAUCAGAAUCUUCUAGAAUAUUCUCUUCUCCCACUUUCAUAAGACUUGAUGUCUUCAAGACAGGAAGUGCUGUGUUAUCCAGUGUCCAGUACUAAGAUGAGUUAGAAAGGUAGCAGCCACUGACCCUUGGUCACUAUCUAUGAAACAGAUACUUGUGAAUUUUGGAGGUUGCUUUUCCCAUUUUUGUAUAAUCUGUCCUGAGGGGUAUGAAAAAUUGAAGUCCUACCCUAACACAAAUGUAUGUGUACAAAUAUAGAUGUAUCAUAUUCAGGAUCAUUCAGUAUGCAGAGCAACUUGGGAGAGAAAAUAAACCUUAUGAGAAUCUUUUCUUUUGAGAAUACAAAAUAAUGAGUUUCUUAUGACAUCUUCAUUUGUGUAUAUCAUUAUACUUUUAGAUAUGAGUGUCUUCAUUUUGAAGAAGUGAUUGGGAUAAAUAUGUUGGGGCUUAUGUAGAUGGAAAUUUCUGUCCUGCCCUGUCCCACAGUUGUUUAGUCCCAAAUAAACACACAGAGGUUUAUAUUAA